GUGGCCAGCCUCACUCAGCCUGUGUGUAACCCAUUGUUUCUAAAGAGCUGCUGGCUGCAGGAGCCACCGAGGUCUCGGGCCAGCUCUGAGUUCUUUGCUGAGAUGAAGAUGUAACCAAGGAAGGAGCUUGAAAGUAAAAAGGACAGAAAAUGAAAGCAGAGAGCAUAGGUGACCCGGGCCAUACACGGUGGCCACGGAGCAGAAGAGCAUCUCCCCUGAGGGAUGGGCCAACGACUCGGCUACUCCCCUGACCAUAAAUGGCUUGGCCAGAGCUCUGGUGGAGCCAUCUCUUCUCUUGGCACCCUUGCUCUCCCAGUUAGAUGUUCCUACAAAUGCAAGACACAAGCCAAUAACACAAGCAAAAAGUCGAGGUUGCCGAGGGCAGCGUUUGGAGAAGGCUCUUGGGAAGCUGUUGGAAAUGAGUUUUUCACUGAACUUCACACUGCCGGCCAACACGGUGAGUACAGCGGCCCCCGCUUACCAGACUUCCUCUCCAGUUGUGACUGAUGGAAAAGGAACCGACUGUGGGCCUUCUCUUGGGUUAGCAGCAGGCAUCCCGUCCCUGGUGGCCACGGCCCUGCUGGUAGCCUUACUGUUUACUCUGAUUCACCGAAGAAGAAGCAGCAGUGAGUCCACUGAGGAAAGUGAGAGGCCUUGUGAAAUUACAGAAAUCUAUGACAGUCCCCGGAUAGCUGAGAAUCCUAGGAGGUUACCUACCCAGGAGAAGAGUAUGAUGGGAGGAGAAGAAGCCCACAUAUAUGUGAAGACAGUAUCAGGAAGUGAGGAGUCCAUGCGUGACACUUACCGCCCUCCUGCUGAAGUGGAGAGAAGGAGGGGCCUGUGGUGGCUUAUUCCAAGACUGAGCCUGGAGUGAUGCAGCGAGCCAAGGAGCAGAGCUGGAGCUGGAAGCGAGCUAAACACACAGGGAUAGAUCGUGCCUGGAGCGAGGAGAGAAGCCAAGCUGCUUCUUAACCACUCCAAACUUCAUUUGCAGAUCUGGAAAACUUUGGGAUUGAUUUUACUCUUUAAGGGACUGAUCUGAUACAGUGCAUUCUGACCCUCAGACCUUGUGGUUUAAUAAUCAGUGAAGUCGCUAUGCAUUCAAAAGGAGCCCUUGAACCCUGCUCCUGACCCCCAGUGGGGAUUUGCUUUUCUUUAUGAUUUGGGGAAAAGAGUUUGAUUUCUCAGUGGCUCACCUUUUCAUCUUUUUUCACAUCCAUUUUCUCAAAAAUGCCAUUAGACCUGGCUUCCAUGGACAGGUUGGCCAAGGCUAACAUGGUGCAGGUUGGGAUAAAUAAUAUAAAUAAUAUAAUAUAAUAUAAAUAAUAUAAAUGAUACUCAAAGGGGACGUGUGAGAAGGAGCAGUUCUUUAUCUCUGAACACCUCAGGGUAGAAAUCAGGGGGAGCCACACAUUCCCUGACCACAGGGGAAGCCUGUGGCUGGGUCAUUCAUCACUCUCUCUUGUGAUCAGAGGGUAUUCAAGUGUGUGUGGGAGGGGGGCAGUGAGCACACGUGUGUGCUGAGGGUAAAGAGGGUGGAAGGAAGGCAGAGAUUACUUCAAAAGAUUAUUAGAAAUAGGGGCUGUACCUAUUUUGUGGGAAUAGAGAGAAAGGUCCAAGUCCUUGGACCAUCAAUGGGGAAAAACUCAUGAGCAGGAAGAGAGGUCAAGAGUACUCUGGGUGGGUGAACACAGGAGCAAAGGGAUGAUCCAGGUACCAGCCUGACUGUCAUCUGAGGGGAGCCCAUGAACAACAGCAGCUGGAUCAGGUGAGGUGUUUACCAUCGCUCCUGGGAGGAGGCUUCUGGGAGUCCUGGUUCCCUAGCGCAGGUCCAUUGUUCCCCUUAUGGGAGAACCUGGGUCCAGGAGAUAUCGGGUCUGCCCACCAGCUGCACGGACGGGCCCCCUUGAAGAGCUGUGGAGAUACUCCUUUCUCACACAGGGCCCCUAAAUGCUCAAACAUGGCUCCUCUGAUUCAAACAACCCAGGACAGGUUCUGCACACCCCAUCACUGCCAUGCCAACACAUGCUCUUCAAAGUUCCUUGUGAAAUUCAUUUUGUGCUAAGUCCCUUGAGUCGAGACCUGUUAACAAGCAGAUCUGGCCGUGUUUAAGCAGACCUGCCCAGUGAUCCAGGUGCUCCUACUUCUCUUACCUGUUGAGAAGGACCUUGAAUUUGCUGAGAACAUGAUUGUGGCCCUGGCCUUGACACUCAUAGGUGUGCGCUCUGGGGCAGAUCAUGGACCUUAGCUCUGUAGGUACAAAAUGGAGACUGUCAUUUUCUUCCUUCUACCCUUAGGAGUGUUGUGAGGGUGUAACGGAAACAUGACUUAUAGUCUAUAAAGUAAGCUGUGACUUAUAUUUUGGACCACUUAUUUUAUGUAAUUCUGCUUACAAUCCAUUGCUUAUUACCUUAUUUUAAAUGGUUUCUACUAAACUAUCAAGGUUCAAUAUUUCUGUCACCUUUUUUCUGCUGUGAUGCACAAGAGCUUAUUUUGGAAUAAAGUGAAAAGCAAAAAUGA